AUGCUCCGCCGCCGACUUUCGGCUGGCGCCCUUCGCGCCCAGGCGCAGCUGCACACCCAGACACCGCCGUCGACACCUCGCAAGGCUGCCAAUGUGACUCGCUCUGCCGCAGCGGCCAAGGCUACCAUCUCGCCGAACGCGCAGAGCAAGUCGCUCGGCUCGGUCGUCCUCCUCAACACCCAGCGUAGCUGGAAGGGCGAGACGGUCGUGACUCUCAAGGCUGAACUCAAAAAACGCGGCCUCACCCAGACCGGAAACAAGGCUAUGCUCGUCUCGCGUCUCGAGAGCGCGGACACGACCGGCCUCGCUCCCCCAGUGCCGCCCAUCUCGCGCGUGCUUCGCGCCGAGGCCAAGGCCCGCGCCCAGCGUACGCGCGCCUACGCGACCCCGAGUGGUGCCAAGAGUGCCGGUCGCGAGGACGCCGUCAGCCCCGUGAUUACCACUUCCGAGGACGUCAAUGUCAACGCGCCCGCUGCCGAGGUGCCGUCUGUUGGGGAGCAGACCCCUGAGGAGAAGACGUCUGCGCCAGGCCUCCCUUCGGGGAAGCAAACAAACCCCACACCCCAGGAGUUUACUAUCCACUUCCCCGACCCCAAGCCGGACAAAGAAUCGCCUCAGACCAUUCCUACACUCCCACACCACAUUACGUCAACGGCCACUAGACCGCUCCCGGAUGACGUUGACGAGAACUUUGGCCUGCCCAAGAUUAUGACCAUUGCAUCGGCGUCGACGCACCCCGACGGUGGGCCUGUGCACGGCACCACCAAGGUCACGGACGACGACCUAACUGACAAGGUGGUCAGCAAGGCCAAGGAGCAAAUCCAGGCCGCCAAACAAGCCGAGGACGAGAUUCUUGAGCUUAGCGGUCUCCCCGUCGACCCGCCGACCAGCGAAGGUAGUGGGAAACCCUCGAAGCCACUGUCGUCGGAUGAGAUGACUGCCAAGGUGGUCAGCAAGGCCAAGGAGAAGAUCGACGCAGCAAAGGCGGCAACAGCCGAGAUCCUCGAGUUGAGCGGACUUCCGGUCGACAACCCGGACGACCCGCUCGACAUGAAGGGUGCUGGCAGCUACAAGCAUUCCGCGCGGCCACUCAACCCUGAGGAGCACCGCGGCGCGUGGAUUCUCGGUGGGCUGAUCGGUGGUGUGGUUCUCCUGGGCUGGUACGGGGAGAAGAAGAAGAAGGGGGCAAAGGAGCAGCCCAAAGCCGAGGCUAAGGACAAGAACUAG